AUGCUGUACACCUUCAUCCUGUGGGCAGUCAUUGGUGGCAUCCUCCUCUUCUUCAUCUUCUGGAGGCUGUUCCGACCCCAUCGAGCUCCAACUGCACUUGUGGCAGGAGAGUACAGCAGCAAGCAAAGCUUCUAUUACCGGGCCAGAAGAGCAUUGGCGUCAGGAACGCGACAAUACUUGGGCUCUGAAGGCGUUGGCCGAUUCUUCCCUUACACCACCAAACUCCAGGUUCUCAUCCUCGCCAUCAUUUGCAUCUAUUUGACUAUUUUCUCAUUUGUUGGCAUCGUAUACAAGACCUGGAUCACCCCAAUUAAGGGUAGCGACAAAUUUAAUACUCGGACAGGUCUGGGUGGCUUCAGUGACCGCCUUGGUGCUCUUGCAUAUGCCCUCACGCCAUUGACAAUCGCCCUGUGCUCCCGGGAUUCCAUCCUCAGUCUCUUGACCGGUAUCCCGUAUCAGCAUUUCAACUUUCUGCACCGAUGGACGGGCCGCAUCAUCCUCGUGCAAUCGUUCAUCCAUACCAUCGGAUGGACCAUUAUUGAAGGCAAGCUGUACCAGCCUCAACCCAAGGUCUACACGAACUUCAUCAAGCAGAAGUAUAUGAUCUGGGGAAUCGUCGCUCAGGGUUUCAUCACCUUCUUGUUCGUUUUCAGCCUCAGGCCCGUCAUCCGCUGGACUGGCUACGAGUUCUUCCGUAAGACCCACUACCUUGUAGCUGGACUGUACCUCGGUGCCUGCUGGGGACACUGGAACCAGCUGGCAUGCUGGAUGAUUGCCUCGCUCGGGAUACUCGGCAUUGACCUGGGGCUUCGUUUCGUGCGAGUUUGCGCUAUCCAUCUUGGAUACAAGGACGGCAACCAGGGUAUUGGCUUCCGACCCAUCUCCUCGAAGGUCGAGGUUUUCAAGGAUCCAUCUGGAACGAUCGUGCGCAUGUCUUUCACACACAACCAUCAGCCAUGGAAGAUUGGCCAGCACUUUUACCUGACGUUCCCCGAAUUGAGCAUCUGGCAAUCCCAUCCAUUUACGCCUGCAUCUGUUCCCCCAACGACCCUUGUGCCCCCAACCCAUACAUACAUCAUCCGCGCUCGUAAUGGAGAGACAGGUAAACUCGCCGCCCUUGCAGAGUCCGCUUCACAAGAAAAGGAUACCCCUAUCACAGAGACUCCGGUGGUCCUUCUAGGACCGUACGGACGCUCCGUCCUUGACCACGAAACAUCCAACAUUCUCGCCAUCGCCGGAGGCACAGGUAUUUCUUUCACACUCCCCGUCGUCAUGAACGCCCUCGCCGACCCAACCAACCACACCCAAAACAUCGAAAUGAUCUGGGUAAUCCGCCACAUCGAGAACCUCGCCUGGCUCGCCCCAGAACUCCUCUCCCUCAAAGAACAGCUCUCGCACCCCACCUCCUCACCCAUCCCCUCAUCCUCUGCCGCAUCCACCGACGAAAAAGCGAUCCUAGAACCCACCACCACAGCACACUCCACGAAGCGCUUCCGCAUCCGCAUCUUCGUGACCCGCUCCCCAGAGACACGCACGCACAUCCACCCAGCCGUUGCCCCCUCAUCCGACCCCAACGCCCCCGCCCCACCAACCAAGGAUCUCGAAAUCUCCUCGUCCUCCUCCUCCACCAACUCCUCCGCCAUCAACCACGCCCCCACCCACUCCAACCUCGUCCAGACCCUCCUCACACCACACCCUAACUUCACAGUCACCUGUCUCGACCACACACAUCCAGACAUGUCGACCAUCCUCUCCACCUUCCUCGAUGAGACGGUCGCGAGCGGACGCACGACGGUCGUGGGGUCUGGCCCUGCGAUGCUGGGAACGGACAUCAGGAGGGCUGUUGCGCAGAGGAACGACGUCGGCGGUGUCUGGAGGGGCGACGAAAAGGGAGAUGUGAGCUGUGUUUGGGAUGACCGGUUGGGUUGA